AUGGUAGAUGCUUUCACUGAGAACUAUGCUGGUCGACCGGUGAGGAAGGUAUUCUGCAAAAGUGAGCAAAGCUCCUUAACUGUUGGUUACUCCACGACAACUGCUUCACCUCACAAUAUUGACCUUCUUGGAACUAUCUUCUUCUACCUCAGCUCAAUCAAAUCCACAUUAAUAGACAUCUUUUUACCACAAGGCUAUCCAUAUUCCGUAAGUGAGGAUUAUCUCCAAUACCAAAUAUGGGAUACCUUACAAGCCUUUGCAAGUUCAAUGACGGGAGCCUUGGCCACCGAAGCUGUUCUGAAAGGAGCUGGAGUAGGAGAUCAGACAGCAUCUGCUCUAGCAGCUUCUCUUACUUGGCUGGCGAAAGAUGGGUUGGGCAUGGUUGGACGAAUUGCAUUUGGCUUCUUCAAAGGAUCGGAACUUGAUUCCGACUGUAAAAAGUGGCGUCUCGUUGCUGACAUUAUGAACGAUUUGGCAUUCUUUAUCGACCUUCUUUCACCGGCUUUUUCGGGUUCAUUUUUUGUUUGUGCCUGCACGUCGUCUAUACUGCGAUGUGUUGUUGGUGUAGCCGGUGGAGCUACGAGAACUGCUAUCAUUCAACAUCAGGCUCGUCGAAACAAUCUCGCAGAUGUUGCCUCGAAGGAUGGCAGUCAAGAGACUAUGGUUAAUGUGACCGCGCUUCUUGCAUCGUUCAUUUUGUUACCUUUGGUCAGCGGAAAGCAGGCAAUCAUUUGGUUACUGUUCCUGGUUUUCACUCUCAUACAUUUAUAUGCAAACUAUCGUGCUGUGCGCUCGCUAAAUAUGGAAACCUUGAAUCUCAAACGAGCCACUUUAUUGAUCAGGUCGUGGCUAGAAUCCGGCAAAGUUAUGUCUGUAACUGAAUGCAACAAGAGGGAACCACUAUUUUCAUCGUUCGGUACGAGAUACCUCGGAUGUUCUCUGUCACACCUGCUGUCUUAUCAAAACAACUGUCUCUGGUUCAGAAUCCCUUCUGCGAAACUAAGAACUACUGACGCGUAUACGUUGCUCAUCGACACUCGAAGAAAUAUCGGUUGGAUAGCCUUAACAGAUAAUGGUUCGGAACAUUCAUCUCUCAAAGCCAUUUUCGACUUGGAAGCUCUGGCAAGAGAUGCGAACUGUUCUGAAAAAGACUUCAACUCAUUCUUGGAUCAACUAAGCGCUCACAAGUGGAGGACCGAUGGGAACAACCUGGGCUUCGAUGAGUGGACAUACAGUACGAAGUAG